GCGUGUCUCUGUCAGUGUGUGUGUUUAUGGAAGGAGAGACUCGACGCAGUUUGAUUUUGCUCGUGAGCGAACCAGCGACAUUGACGCGCGAACCAGCGAAGUCUCCGUGAGGACACGGCACCAUGACUCCUGACCAAAUCCCUGUCUGUGCGUAAAAGAUGCGUCUUGGCACCGCGCUGGCGUUUAUCAGCGCCCUGAUGUUUCCUCUGCAUCUGGAAUGUACCAAGACGUGUCGGAAGGGAAAUAGAAAUGGUGACUAUGUUGAGGGACACUGCCCUGCCACACUGACCCCGCUGGCCCUGACCCAGAGCCGAGGGAAUAUGUACUCUGAAUGUGUGACCCUCCGUGUUUGGAUGAAGGCUGAUGACUUCAGCAAGGCCCUGAUUCGGAUUCUCUCACCACGAAAUGCAAAGGAGGUAAUCCGACCCAUGAAGACACGGAAACACAAACCUGAGUGCGGCAAUAAAGGACCUAGAGGCGUAACCAAAGUCUGCUGUGAGCGAGGAGUAGAUGAACAGAGCAAUACCAGUUUGACACUGUGGGAGCUUGUAUACGAUUGUGUUGAGGCCCAUGCAGGGAGGGUUGUGUCUGUGUCCUUCAGCACAAAGUCAACAAGCUGCAAUGUCAGCUACACGGUGCCAGAUCCAGUGCCACAGUUCGGUCUGACUGUGAAUCGGUCGGUGAAGUCCAUCACUGUGACGGUGGAGCAGGGAGAGAAGGUGCACACCAGGUGGUGCUACCUGAGUGGCAAUCGCUGGUCACAUUCACCGCAGCUCACUAUUGAUCCGUCUCAGUCUCGAUCAGCUGUUCUUCACAUCCCCUACCUGCUGCCCUGCGUGUGCGUCCAGGUAUAUUACACGCACACGGACGCCCGGCGAGAAAAGCAGUGUCCUUUUCAAAACAAGGCCCUCGAUGAUGUGGAAGACGUGUGGCGCUCGUCUCAAGUCGCCCUGCACGGGUCAGAUCUGAAGUGGAGCUACGAGUGUCCCGUCAGCUCCAUGAACAUCUCCGCCCUCCUCUGCUGGAGGCAACACGAGCACCUGUGCGUCCCCGUGCUCAACUCCACACUCCGAGGACACAAGGACGGACCGACCCUGACGUAUAACACAUCCACCGUGGACAAACACCCUAGGAUGUGUGUGCGGUUUUCUCUACAAGGCAGCCACAAUAUCUCUUGUCCUUUCCAGGCUGAUAUAUCCUCAUGGGAGGUGAAUAUUGGAUCAGGCAAACAGAGUGUGUUUGUAUAUCUCACCUCUUCGGCUCCAGCAACGUUCUCGAUUCAAUUCUGUGUCAUGAACGAGAUGGGAUGUUCCCCCCUUGGCCCGGAGCACACACUAACAAUGGAGGGGGGGGCUGCAGAGACCGAGCUAGAACUGCCUCCUCACUUUCUCGUGCAGGCGCCGUGUGUCCAGGUGUGGCAGUCACGUCCUGCUCUUCACGGAAGAAGAAUUCUGUGCCCAGACUACGGGCGCAGUAGACGUGGCCUGUAUGUGAUGGCAGCUCUGAUACUCGUGUUUAGUUUUGCUUUGUUGGGAUUUUUCAUCCACCGUCUCAAGAGAAGCGGAGCUGCAGGCUGGCUCUGGAUCCAGAAGGAAGUGCUGCUGGUGUGCUCAUCCGAGCAGUCAGCCCACGUCUCUGCUGUGUGCGCGUUAGCCUCAGUUCUGCAGGGGGAGCUAAAGGCCACCGUGCACAUGGCUCUGUGGGCCACACAGACCGGGGCCAGGACCGGAGUGGCCGAUGUGGGUCCUCUCCCCUGGCUGUACGGCCAGUGGGAAAGAAUGCGCAAGGCUCAAGGAAGAGUGCUUAUUAUCUGGAGCCCCGAGGCAAAGACCACCUACGAGAAAUGGAAAGCGAGAGAAAACGUGGAUAAGAACAAGAUAAAGAGAGAAAAAGGAGCAGAUAAGCAAGAGGAUUAUGAAAUAAAUGGAAGAAGGUUGGGAAAAGGCAAAAAGAAGAAGGAGAGAGCUGCAAGAAAAGAAGAUUGUGUAAAAGACUUAUACCCACAGAGGGAAGCCUGCUCAGUGAUAGCCCCAGUGUUUACAGGUGCUCUGGCCUGCCUGCAGGGGUCGCUGCAGCAGUGCAGAGGGCAAGGAGUUGCCAUUGUCUAUUUUCAGGGUUUCUGCCAAAGCAGGGACAUCCCAAAAUCCCUCAGAGACGUCCCUCGGUACUGCUUACCCCAGGACUUCAGGGGUUUGAUACAGGAGCUGGGAGGGAUGCAGAGAGAGAGCACAUCGAAGGGCCACUGUUGGCCCAGACUCUUUUCUAAAGUGCAGUCGAUAUGGCUGGCACGACAGCUGGCCCACCGGCUGCAAACACUGCUGCAGCCGACGCAAGGAGUCAAAACGCAGACUGUCACAUCAUCGCAGAAAAAUACUUCAGAAAAGACACAAAACAGGGCCAAGGUGUCUCCGGCUGCCGACGUGGGGAGACAAGAAACUGCCCCAGAACAGGAGCCUCUUCAGGGGUCACCUUGGACAGCAGAGAGGCUUUAAUCUCAAGUUCCACGCGUCUUACUGGGACAGACCUUUGUUCUGCUGGACACACGAGACGCACAAGAGAAACAGGAGCUGCCGUCACGUCGGGAACACCUCAGGGCCCGUCACUCACUAGAACAUUGUUCUUGUGACAUGUUUUUGCAUAUUGCGAAACGUUAAAUGCUCCAUCAUGUCUCGGGCAGCCGGCCUCUGACAGGGACCCUUUAUGUUGCUUUCCCGAAUGACAUGUGAGAAACGCCUCUCUCCUCUCAGCACGAUAUGGAAAUCUGUUUGCAAAUCAUACCUCUGUGUCUUCUAGAGCUUGUGGAUGAGGGAACAGAUGUCUAACUGUGUGACUUCUGUUAACAGGCACCUGCAGAUUUGCAUGUUCCUAACCAAUAUAAUGAGCGAAAGCUGUCCAAUGCAUUUCUGCUUGUACUGAGUCGUGUCUACUUUAAGUCAUGUGUCAAAUCUUUUUAAACUAUUUAUUUUGUUACAUACUUUACCAUUACAGGUCUGUUACUAUUGCCUUUAGAGGGAUUUAUGUGGCGCUGUUCGUGUGCAGCCCGAUAAUUAAAUAUUUGAGCACAUGCUGCCUCCUUGUUUUCUAGCACAGAGUGUAAAUCAGGCACCUCGCUCAUUCAUAAAAACAUUGUUGAAAAAUAUGUGUUGCCUCAAAGGCUUGGCUGUCUGCAGAGAGAUACAGAGAAGACCAUCCCAUCAUUAUCUCUGCUGCUUAUCCUGUAAGGUCCAGUGUGUGAGAUUAAGGUGAAAAGGAUCUAUUGGCAGAAAUUGAAUUAAAAAUAAUCCAUGUGAUGUUUUCACUUGUGUGUUUCAUCUAAAUGA